CUGAGGUGGCCGUGUCGAGUACCCAUGGCGUCGCCUUCGCCUCUUUCCUCCGCGCGACAGCGACGCGGAGUGGGACAUCGUGGGACGGUGGAGAUGGAGCUCGAUGCGGCGCGGGCCCUGACGGACCUCGCGGGGUCAGCGGCGACAGGGAGUGAGAGCGGCGGGGAAGAGUGGAAGAGAAUCGAGAGUAGGUCCAGGAAGCGGAGCAAGAGCAAGUCGCUUGAAAGGGCACAACUCGGGAGCUUCCAGGGUCAGGAGGAGACUUCAAUUUUGGGAGGGACAUGCUCGACUGCCGGUUGUUAUGGAGAUUGCACUGCUGCAGACAAUGUAGUGCAAGAAAGAGCACAUAGCCAAGUGAGUUCUGAAUUGGGUAAAUCUACGGUCAAGGUCCCCAGUAAUUACUCAUCACUAUAUGGUAGUAGAUCCAAACAAAAUUUGACGGAGGCUGAGAAAGAACAACGAAGAUUGCGCAGGGUCAUUGCUAACCGGGAGUCAGCUAGGCAGACCAUCCGUCGGCGCCAGGCCCUUCGCGAGGAGCUAACGAGAAAAGUUGCCGAUUUGUCAUUGGAAAAUGAGAAAAUGAAGAUGGAGAAGGAUAUUGCUACGAGGGAGUACCUUUCACUCAAGGAGACAAAUGAACAACUAAAAGAUCAGAUUGCCAAGACAGUGAGGCCUGAGGCUGACCAAAAUAUUAAUACUGCAACCACAGAGAUGGAAUCACCAAAAACCGGUCGCCGGUUUAUCGGAUACGGAAGAUCGCCUAUCGUACAGUUCAUGUAUCCUUCCUGGCCUUCCAUGUGGGGGAACACUCUAGCUUUCUUCGGGCAAGCUAAUCCUAGCAAUAUAAGCGGAUCAGUGCCACCUCAAAACAUGCCAUCUUGCGCUUGGUAUUAUCCAUUUCGUCGUGGCGAGCAUGGUCUCGGGCAGUCCUACGGAGAAGCAGACGACACAGAGAGAGCUGCUGUCCAUGGCACUGAUGACAAGGAAAAACACUCUUUGUUGGCAACUGUUGGAACCGAGAAGGCGAAUGCACCUGAAGCUGAAGCCAGAGGAGGAGUAUCAGGAAGUAUCAACAGGGAUGAACAGAUCCUCAAGACUCCUGCUCAAGAAACUAUCACCAAAGGCUCUUCACAUGAUGAGAAAUGUGAACUCCAACAUGAUAAAGGAUUGCCGGAAAAGCUCCAGGGUGCUUGCACUCAGCCUCCUGACAAGUUGUCGUAUGCGAUAUCAGCAACAGCGGCAGCUGUGGCGAGGAGGAGGAGGAUGGAACUAAGAAGAUUGAAACAAUGUCAUGGAGGACAGGAAGACAUGCGCUGCUAAAUCAUCAAUGCCAGUUCUGUGUUAAUAAGUUGUGACGUUGGUAGGAGUGUGUUUUUUGCUGUUGCCAUCUCAGAAGAGUAUUAUUAUGCUGCUUUUGCCAAACACAAACAUUAGUGAGAGAGACGAGAAGCACAAG